AUGUUGGGAGCGUUGGUGCGAGCGCGUUGCGAGGUGCGCUUUCUGUCCACAGCCGCCAUAGUGCCCCCGCCCACCACCCACGAGCUCUGGCGAGUGGGCUUACACAAUGCUCUCCCCUUCAUCGGCUUUGGCUUCCUUGAUAACUUCUUCAUGAUUCUUUUUGGGGAUACAAUUGAAAUGACCGUAGGCACCAUGAUGGUGCUCUCGACGAUGGCGGCUGCUGCGUUAGGCAACACCAUCUCCGAUGUGCUCGGCAUUGGCUCGGCGUGGUACGUUGAACGCAUGGCAUGCCGAGGACGUGUUGCUGGUGUUGUAAUUGGAUGCCUUCUUGGUAUGACUCCUCUGCUAUUUUUAGGAAAUUCUAGUGAAAAGGAAAAAAAAGAAGUACAAGAAAAGAAACCUACUUGAACAUUUACUAUUCUCAGCAAAUUGCUGACUUUUUGAGAGGACAAAUUUUCUCAGAGGACUUGUAAUUAUAAGAAAAGUCUUAUCAGUGGCCUAGGUUUGAAUAUAUUUUGUGUUGUUACUUGAAUGAAAAAUUACUAUUUUAAACAUUGUUUUGAUAUGCAUAUUUUUAACUAUAUUUUGGAAUACAUAUAUUUUUUCCAACUUUCUUACUUUUUGGAUGUGUUCUAUCUUGGUUUAAAGCAACAAAAAUCCAAUAACUUGAUUUAGGAAUGUACUGAAAAAUCUUAGCAUUUCUGUUAUGUGUGAAUGCUAAUUUGCGUAAUUGAUGGAGCUGUAAAGAUGUAAAGUAUAUUAUGUUAUUAGUAUCUUUUCUGAUUUAGACUACAUGCUGGCAUGUAAGAUGUUCUGUGUAAUUUUUUUAGAUUUAGACCAAUUGAUUGUUCUUAUUGAAAAUGAAAUAUCCAAGUUGGAAAAAUUCUUAUUAAGACCAAUUGUAGAUUCAGAAAUUCUAUCAGUGUGAAGAUAGGAUAUAGUUUUCCUCACUUUAUGUAUAAUAUUAUUUCCCUUUAGGAAAGAAAUAGACCUACUAUUUUAGCAAAUAAUCCUAAAUAAUGUGUGCAUUAUAAUGAGUUUUUAUUGUUUAUGGAGGAAACAGCAUGUACUUAUUUUUCAAGAAGCAAGAUUUAAAUCAAAAGAUGCAACAAACGUAACUAAUUUAGCUGCAUACAUAAUCCAUAUCUCUUUAGAUAUGGAUUAUUUAUAUUUCUUCUCUCAAAGGUUACCAUAAAAAAGAGGAGUAUUCCAUUUACACUAAUACAUUAUGAUUUACAACUAUUCUCAGUUAUGGAAGACAUUUCCAAAGAGUGUGGUUUCCUGUGUACAAGAUAGUUAAGAAUGUUAUGAAGUUUUCUAACAUUGAUAUUUCAUGUUUUCAAGGUUAGACCAGUUCUGAAAUACUCUGUACAUAUAAGAACUGAAAAUUUAGUUAUAUUUCUACAUUUUAACAACAAUAACAUGUACGUACUACAUAUUAGAGUAUCAUAUAUAUUCGCACCUCAUAAGAUGAAUGAGAUGUAAAUAAAAAAUGUUGAUUUUCCCUCUUAGAAGUUUAUUGUGAUAGUUAAAUUAUAGUGUUUAUUCUAUAAAAUUAUAUGUUAUAUCUUUCAUUGUUUUAUAUUGUAUCUAGUCUAUUAGUAUUAGCAAAGCAGAGAUAUUUUCAACACUACUAAAUUGGUUGUAUGUAAUAUUGCUUAAUGCAAUAUUUAUUCUCAGGAAAUACAUUCAUAUCAAGCUUUAUGUGGCUUGUUCAAGAGAUAUGUCAUUGAUGUUUCGAGUAAUUAUGUUAGCCUACAAAUUAAACCUUUUUUAUGCAGUAUAAGCUCAAUUGGUGGUGAAGGAGAGCUCAAUUAAAAAAGUAUUUUGUUUUUCUAUAUCACGUCAGAUCAUUAAACAAAAGGGGAUAAUAGAAUUCUCUGCUUCAACUUGACUAACUAUUGGUGUUUCUCCUUUCUUCAUUUCUGUUUUGCAUCGUGUUGAAAAUUGGUAGAAUGCAAUUGAUACUACCAUUAAGGUAUAAUUUAUGCUAAAUCAGAAGCAAUCUGUUAUCGUCACUGGUGUGUGUAAUUGUUUCUCAAGAAUUAGAGGAUUGUUGUGCAUUAUAAGUUUGGAAUACUCAUAAAAUAAACAUAAGUUAAUGUUGAUAUUGUAUUUGUUGGAUAUGAUUUUAAAUAUUUUUAAAAAGGAUAAAUGUUUGUUGACAAAAGAUGAUUUCUGAGAUACUUUUUACUUCAAUAAUAUUAAUCAAAUAUUUAAUAUUUUUUCUCAGUGUUUUAAUAAUUUUGUUUUCACUUUAUAAUGUGUAGAUAUUUUUAUUAUGAUGCUUGAAGGUACCUAGAUUCUGAAAUGUAGUCUUGUGAAAUAAUUUGGGCAGUUGCAUGCUAUGUUUGCAUAUCAGUUGUGUACUACCAUGCAAAGCCUUGUAUGAUGCUGUUCUAGUUAGGAAAUGUUCUAGGGAGUCACUUCACCAUGCUCAUCCAAAUUCAGAAGAAAAUAAUCAAAAUAUGCCUUUAAGAAAUAAAACUUCAGAACUGUCUUGCAAUCAAAGUAAUUAGUCACUUUUUCUAAUCUUUUCUUAAAGUUACUUAUUGUUUUACUAGUGUGUGGUGUAUAGGAUAGAUUGUUGUUUAUUGUGAUAAAGUUACAUACUUAUCAUAACCAAAUAGUUAAAAAUAUAAUAUAAACUUUUGACGACUUUAAACGGCCUAUCCUAUCUCAAUUGCCUUGCUUCUAAUACUUAAGAUGUUUAUGUGUACACAACGAAUCUAGAAUGCUCUUUAUACAUUUACUCUUAUCUUCACGGGUUACUACUAACAAUCUAUAAGCAACAUUGCGCAGAGAUUCCAUCCAUUGCAGAGAAAUUAAAAUCUUUACAUAGUAGAAAGAAAGCAUGAGGAUACUGAAGAUGACAAUUACUCAAUGCAUUAGGCAGAUGCUUUUACUAGUGAGUGCUUUCAGAGUAUUAUUGGGUAUUAUUUAAUGUUUUAGAGAAGUAGGAUGUGAUUGGAUCUUUUGAACUCCUUAGGUAUAUGAAAUACCUUAAAAUUAUUUUAAGGAAAUUAGCAUGUGUAAUAUAUUUAAAAAAAAAAGGAAUUGCUCCUUAACUAGACGUGAUAAAGAAAAACGAAUAAUUUCAUUACUCUGGGCAUCUGUAAUUUGAAACCUUUUUUGUAAUGAAAUUAUUGAUCUUACACCUAUCUUGUUCAUAUUUUUUAUUUUCCAUAAAUGAAAUAGAAUUAAUUAUUAAUUUGUAUUACAUUCAAAACUUUUGUGAAUCAGAUAUUUUUAAGAGUUUUAAAAUAUUUCAGUUUAUCUAUUAACAUUAUUUAAUAUCAAAUAAACCUCCAUAAAUGAACACAAAGGUCCAAUUAUAAUACAGCUGUAUUUCCGUGGAAAGUGUGAUUUGUUUGUAUUUCUAAUAGUUAAACAAAUAUAUUUGAAUAUUGUGGAUUUACUUGUAACCUAUGUAUCUAACACCAGGAGUCAUGAAAUAUGAAUCCUACGUAUAUCAUGGAUGUAUCAAGGGCUUAUCUUGCUAAUAUACUACGGUGUUUUGCCCCUGAUAAUUUUUCUCUCUCUCCAUUCAAAAAUGUUACGGCAAUGAAACUAACUUUAAUCAGUCGAGAACAACUGUGUAUCACAAAAGUAAAAGGUACUAUGUCUAUUUUUUAACUAAAAUGGAAUAAACACAUUCGUUCCAAUUUAUUUUCUUUUGGAAAUAUUGAGAAACAUUUUCAAAAGAUAUUAAUAAUGAAAUCAGAAGCACAAAAGAUCCCUUUGUAAGUCCAUUGACUUAGUUAUAUUAUGUCCAUUGACAUACAAAGGGAUUCAACACCUUUGAACUACUCUCUUAUAAAAUUAAGUAAAUGUGACCUAGUGUUCUUUUCUCUGAAGCACAGAAAUAUGUAUGAAGUUUUAGAGAAACAAGUUCAUCACAGUCUCAUUUAAAGCAAACCUCCUCUCUUACAGGAGUAAGAAGUUGGAAUCUACAUAGUUUCUUCAAUAAUAGCUAAAAUACAUAUGAGUACAUUACAUUGUUUUGGAGACAUCCACAUAAAAUCUAAAUAAGAGAAAAAAA